UCCACAACAAUACUCUUUAGCAAGGUGCCUGCAUGUGCGUUCCUCAGCUGUUUCUACCAGCCCUACCAACAGCAAAAAGCUAAUACAGCAGCGAUAAAGCAGCCAAGACGAGUCCAAAACUCGGGGAGAGUCCAAAACCAACCAAAACUUGCAGCAAGCAGCAGCGACGACGACUAAAAAACUCACACAGAAAAUCCAACUUCAUCCACCCUCGUCCAUCGUUCGUCUCUCGACAACAUCACCAAAUCACCAUCAUCACUUCCAAUUCCAGGCGAGAAGAACCAACAGCAGAAGGAGAAGAAGAAUCGAAAUGAAAUAUUAAUUUCGACAAGGACUUAUCCAUCCACCACAUUCCGAAGUUGGAUAAGAAGGUUAUCAUUUUUUGAGGAAGGGCAGGUGACGACACAUACGUUGACUUGUUGAACCACGCGGUGUGGUAGUUUUUUUUUGUGGACGUUGGAAAAAAAUUGUCAUCUUAUUCUUUUGACCAAGGGGAGUGGAGUAGUUAUUACUUAGCAGCAUUCGUCAUAAUUGUGAGAUUGUGUAGCAAUUACGAAUUUCGAGGAGGUAGAAAUAUAAUCAGGGGUUCUUUGAUUUUAAGUUAAGUUUUGAGCGAGUUGGCAUGCCCUCUGCGGUGGCAAGCGUCUAUGGCCGAUCACGCUGACGCCAUCCCAUCCAAAGGCGCUGGGAAGUCACCCAGAGUCCAUAGGACGACGAGGCGAUCAAAAUCUACAGUGUCAAAUUUACAAAUACAAACGGCGGCGGUGACGAAAAAGAGCAGGAAGUCGACAUCUAGUUCUUCGCAAGAGAGUGUGGCGUCAGGUUCAGGUCUUCUGGGUGGGAGCCGAUCAGUCGCAGUGAAGAGGAAGUCAAGCAACCAGUCAAGAGCAAAACAAUCUGACGGUGUAAAAAAUAGUAAAAUUUCAAAACUUGAAGAAAAGUCAUCAUCUAGCUCAGCAGUAGCAGCAGCAGCGGCGGCGGCAGCAGGAAGAUCAACUAACAACAAGACGCCCACAUUUAGUCGGACCACCUCCUACAGAAAGUUAGUAACAGACCGUAUUGACUCGGGUAGCACUACUGAGGAAGACGACGACGCCGAAACCGAGGACGAAGAAGAAGCAGGCACAACGGACUCCUCGUCUUCAUCAUCCUCUCCUCAAGCCUUGGCUGGAGUUGGAGCGAAAAAUUCCACACAACACCAAGUUUCCACGUCGUCAUCAUCAUCCCGUUGCUGUACUCGGAGCCGCAGUAACAGCGCUGGUGUGGUGAGCGGUGCGAGUGGUGUUGGCGGCGGUAGCGGUAGGGCCACUACUCUUUUGAAGAAGAAAUCUUUGGUGGAACGGAGCAACGACGCUUCUUCAGCAUCUACCUCGACAGGAAGUGCGAGACACGUUUCUGGAGGAGGGGCGAAGAAAGAAGAGGAAAGUAAAAAUUUAAAGAGUAAAGUUCAAGAAGUCCCAAAGGAGCCUGUUUCGUCCCGUCUGCGCCAACUUCCCAGCCGUGUCGCUGCUGCGAGUCAGCUUCACGUUGCCCGGAUUGCACGAGCUCAUGAAGCAGCGAGAGCCGCGCAGCAAUCCGCCAGCAGUUCGUCAUCAUCUACAUCGAAUAAUAAACAAAAACGAGAAGUGUCAAAAACUGUUGCUCCAGCCAAUUUACGAAAAGUUGGGCUAGUUUCUUCUUCUACCGGAUCUUCUACUUCUUCAUUUUCCCAAAGUGGGCGACGAAGCCCGAAAACAAAAAGUGAAACAGAGUCUGCGAGAAAGGCAUCGUCCCCCAAAACUUUAAGAAAGGCUAAAAGCGCCACCGCUACUUCGCAACAACAACCACAAAAUAAUUCUGAAUUGGACCAGUUACGGUAUCGCCUUCGAAGUCGUCCCAGCACAACCUCGUUUUCGUCCACUGACGUUUCCGAUAAAUCCAAUAAGAAUAUCCGGUCAUCCACGAGUGGUGGUGUAGGUGCUCGCCCUAGAGGAGCAAGAAAUACCAAAAGUCUCGAUAAUAAUAAGGUUGUAAACUUUCCAAGUGAGAAUCCCUCAUCGGUUCGUGGGAGUGGUCGUGGUGCUGCAGUCGCCACAAGUAACACCACGGGGUCUUGUGCCAGCAGCAGGUGUGGCAGGGGAGCAGGAGGUCCUUCUGGUGCGGAGGGAUCUGCAACUGGGAAAUCUGGAGAGCCAGGAAUGAACACCUCAUCAUCUAAUCAACAAUCCUCAUCAUCUCGACGUGGUGUGGUGGACCCGGCAGCUUCUGAAAAUAGUGGCACAUCUGCUGGCUCUGGUGGUCCGACUUCAUCAUCAACAUCCACAACAGCUAUAGAGACAAAUUCCUCUUCUACUACUGCUGGUGGCGGUGGCGGUGGCGCGGCCGCCGCAGCCUCGGCCUUCAGUCGAGGGCUGGCUAUGCUUUCUGGUGAAGUAGAUGCAGACGAAGGAGACAUGGGACGACUACAAGCACUCUUGGAAUCACGGGGCCUCCCCCCUCAUUUAUUCGGAACGUUGGCCCCACGAAUGCAACAGUUACUACAACGGGGAAUUAGCGCAUCGUCCGGAAAUGUUACAAAAGCCCAACAACUUCUUCAAGGCCUUCAAGCCACUGGGGACGAAGGUCAACAGCUGCAGGCAGCGAUUGAAAUGUGCCAGUUGCUCGUCAUGGGAAAUGAAGACACUCUGGCUGGCUUCCCCAUUAAACAAACAGUCCCCGCCCUGAUUCAACUGCUCUCGAUGGAACAUAAUUUUGAUAUAAUGAAUCACGCUUGUCGUGCCUUAACCUACAUGAUGGAAGCCCUUCCCCGAUCAACUCCCGUCGUGGCCGAAGCAGUACCCGUACUCUUGGAAAAACUACAAGUUAUUCAAUGUAUGGAUGUGGCGGAGCAGAGUUUGACCGCGUUGGAAAUGCUGUCACGAAGACAUGCAAAAACUAUAUUGCAGGCGAAAGGGGUCGAGGCUUGCCUGACUUUCUUGGACUUUUUUAGUAUCGUGGCGCAAAGAGCUGCCCUCGCCAUCACUGCAAACUGCAUGCAAAACCUUCAUUUGGAAGAGUUUCCUUUGGUAGCGGAUUCUCUCCACUUUAUGGCAACUCGUCUCAUGCAACAGGAUAAGAAAAGUGUGGAGAGCGUCUGUCUGGGAUUCAGUCGUCUCGUGGACUCCCUGAACGCUGACCCGAAAAAAUUAGAAGAAAUUGCCGGGCCUGAACUGCUUGCUAACUUGCAACAGUUGCUCGUAGUUACGCCACCAAUCGUUAGCACUGCCACUUUUAUCCUGGUUCUGCGCAUGCUGGCACAACUAUGUUCUCGGUGUCCAACCAUUGCUGUGAAGUUACUUGAACAAAACAUUGUGGGGACUUUGUCAUCUUUACUGUUACGAUCGUCUCCGGUCACGACGAAUUCAGAAAACACGGCAGACGAAAUUGAAUUGGUCCAGCGGAAUCCACAAGAACUCUUGGAAAUGAUGAACCUCAUUGCCGAACUUUUACCAAAACUUCCAAAAGACGGCAUUUUCAUUGUAAAUACGAUGAUGUCAAAUCCCGUAGUUGCUGCACAAGACGCAGUCCAAUGGCAGUGGAAGGAUGAUCGGGGUCAAUGGACUUCGUAUUCUCCAUUUGAUUCACGAAUAAUUGAGGCUGCACAUCAGUCUGGCGAGGACGAAAUAAGUCUGUCUAUGCAAGGAAGAACUUACACGGUGGACUUUUUGGGACUACAACAAAUAAAUGAAGACACUGGAACCUCGCGUACCGUUCAGAGGAAAGUUAGCCCGUUUUUCUCUUUGAAAUCUGGUACUGAUGCAACCACUGCUGAGGUUCCUGCGGUACCAGAAGAUGAGCGAGCUACAUAUUUGGCCCUACAUCCCGACUUUUCUCUCCAAUUCUUACGUCCAUUGUUUGCCCUUCUCUCUGAGGCCAACAGUUCUUCUGCUGGUCCUGCCGUAAGAACUGGGUGCUUAAAGACACUCCUUCGCAUCGUACACUUUCUCCCAGCGGAGUCUCUCCAAAAGAAUCUGAAGCCACAACUCGUCUCCAACAAUUUGGCGAGUAUGUUGGGAUCAAGCGAUUUAAAGAUUGUGGUUGGGAGUUUCCAGUUAUGCUAUCUCUUUAUGGAGAAACUCCAGCAGGAUUUGUGUGUUCACUUUCGUCGUGAAGGUGUGUUUCAUCAAAUAUCGCGCAUUUCCUCCUCCGAAGUUGUGGGUCCGUCCCCGAUCAAAUCAGAUAUUUCAUCCCUCCUCGGGACCACGCCACCCAACAGCAGUGAUGUCGGACUAGUCGGUCUCGGGCUGGGAAGUCUCAACUUCCUCUCUACGAAAGCUCUCCCCUGUUCUUCAGGAGGCAGUGGUGGUUCGAGUUCAUCCUCCUCGACUUCCCACCCGAUCCGUGUGCCUGUCCCUUCGGUGAACCUUGCCGCUUCUGCAGCGUCCGUUCUGGGAGGACUCCAGCACCAUCAUCACCACGCUGAAACAAUGACAAAUAACACUUCAUCAGCGUCGGCUGGACCCCGACCAAAUUCUGGAGGUGAUAAUGGAAACACAAUUGCUGCCGCGGUGGGUGGAAUUGACAUCUCAUCCGCACUUGGAGCCACAUCCGUGUUGACACGGGGAACAAAUCCAAUAAGUAUCCAACCCUUGGCCAAUCCAAUCGUGAAUCCAAUCAGUGUUAGCCCCUUGACCACUACAUCGGUAGACAGUGGAACAGGAGAAGCAGGAGCGGCUGGACUUCAUACCAACAUUUUUGGUGUGCCAAAACUGAACAAAGUUGAAAAGGGAGGAGCAGGAGGAGGAGGGCUGGUCAGCAGUGGCAUUUGCCCCCCAGCGUUGGCGUCAAAACUUCCCGCUGUAGGAGAAAUUGGGGGAGAAAAGAGUAGUGAAGAUUUGCAAUUGUUGUACGAUCCCUUCAAGCGAAAGCGAGUGUCCAAGAGACCAAUUCCCACUUCGACCACGCGUCGAUCUCGUCAAGAUGAAGCUUUAGCAAACUCGCCUGCAACACCAGGGCACUCUGCUGCCGGAUUUGGUUCAAGUUCAUCCGGAUCGAGUCAGACGAGUAAACGGAGCAGCAAAUCUGGAUUUUUCGCCUCCCUUCAUCCAUCCCGUUGGACUCGUGGGAGUGGAGGGGCGACUGCUGCCAGUAACAAUUCCAACACGUCAGGUGGAAGUGGAUCAUCUUCUUCACGAGACGCCAAUCUCACCACCCCAACCACUAAUUUACCAACUGCAGAUAGAACACUUCAACAUGUAGGAGCUGGGCCAGGUCCCGCUGCCGGUGGGUUUGCAGCGCGUUAUCACACGCACAAUUUGGCAUCCUCGUACAAGGAGCAAGUAAAAAAUUGGCUGAAGGAACAAAGCUCUGCAUUCACGAUGAAAUAUUGUCGAUCACUGUCCGAAUCUAACGACGGAGUUGGUGGUAAACAUUCCGUUGAGCAACACCCGGACGAAUUGGUGCUUCCCAAGUUGAAUGAAAUUAUUCAAAAUAUUCGCCAGGAAUCCAAAGUUAUGGAGGCACUGAGGGAUUUGCGCGUCGUAGUGAUGGAGUCGGAUAUUUCUUCCUUUGAAAUUAACCAUUCCGGCCUGAUUCCUGCCUUGUUGGCUUUCCUAACUGAUGAAGCAGGCUAUACAUCGAGUCGAGAUUGUCGAAUUCGAUCAUUCAUCCAUGUGCUGGCGGAUUGUCCUCUGGAUUUCUUGAGCGGAGAAAAGUUGGAAUCUGUUGUUGGUGCUAAAUCUGAGACCAAUAAUCCGACAGCUUUAUCGUCCCUUGUAUCAAAACUGAACUCGUGUCUUUCUCAACUGGAACAAUUCCAAGUUAAGGUACAUGAAGUUCCAACAAAUUCGGCUACGUCUCGCACUGCCGCGCCCACUUCGGCACUUCGAUUCUUCAAUACGCAUCAAUUAAAGUGCAAUUUACAACGACACCCAAGUUCAACGACACUUCGACAAUGGAAAGGUGGUCCCGUAAAGAUCGACUCUCUCGCACUCGUUCAAACCAUUGAACGCUAUUUGAUCGCCAAGGGAUUCGGUCGGCUUCGGGAAUCCCACGAUAGCGCUGAUUCAGAAGACGAUAACAGUGACGACGAUAUCGAUGACACCCUCGCCGCUGCUGUAAUCUCUCAGGGAAGUGGGCGACACAAAAUCCAGUUCCUAAUUAACGACAAUGUGCUACCAUAUACGAUGACGGUGUAUCAAGCAAUUCGGCAGUUUGGCUUAGGUGCCCAAGAUCAAGCAGGGGAAUUAGAAUCAGAUCUCGAUCCCUCGUCGGCUCUCAUUUCAACCUCAAGAAUUUGGUCUCAAACUCACACAAUUUACUAUCGCCCAUUACCAGAGGAUGCCGCGGCUGCAGCAAAUGCGGCCUUGUCGUCUUCCUCCAAGAAGAGAAGUAAAAACUCUAAAAGUUCAAAGACCAAGAAGGAUCCGUUGUGGAACGAAGGGACUGUUCCCGAUCCAGUUCCGCCGUAUUUACCCUUCCUCGUGGCCACGUUGCCAGACGGCGUCUCCGUGACUGACCCGAGUCUUUCAGUUUUGAACUUGCUGCGUGUGAUUCACGGCGUGUGUCGAUACUGGAGAUAUUUAUACUGGCCUUUGAUCCAUGAUCAGCCGCUUAUUCCACAUUCAGAGUUUAUUAAUUCAAAGAUUGCUGCCAAAGCCCAGAGGCAGUUGCAAGAUCCCGUGGUUAUAAUGGCAGGGAACGUUCCACAGUGGCUACAACAAAUCGGAGUCUACUGUCCCUUCCUUUUCCCCUUCGAAACUCGACAGAUGCUCUUCUACUCGAUCACCUUUGAUCGCGACCGAGCCCUUCAACGUCUCCUCGAUUCUGUGCCUGAGUUGAAUGGAUCCGAACGGGAGGAUCGCGUCGCACCUCGCCUCGAUCGGAGGAAGCGAACUGUUUCACGCGAUAAUAUUUUACACCAUGCUGAACAACUUAUGAACGAUUUUGGAAGCUCUCGACCUUUGCUGGAAGUACAAUAUGAAAAUGAGGUCGGCACCGGUCUUGGACCAACCUUAGAAUUUUACGCUCUCGUCUCUCAAGAAUUGCAAAAGAAGGAGCUUGAUUUGUGGCAUGCAGAAUCCUUAGUAGCUGACGUGUCCAUUUCCACUGAUAAAUUGAUCUCGACCAAUUCCAGCGGGUAUUCUAAGCAGAAGGCAUUUAUUCACUCGAAUUUUGGCCUGUAUCCUAAACCUCUGGGUCGCGCGGUGAAAGCCGGACAUCUUUCCAAAGUCAAAAAUAAGUUUAAGUUUCUUGGAAAAUUUAUGGCAAAAGCUGUGAUGGACUCGAGAAUGGUUGAUCUUCCCCUGAGCAAAGCAGUGUACAAAUGGGUCCUCGACGGAGACAAUGCCAUGUGCCUGGCGGACAUGGCCGAUGUUGAUUCCACCAUCGCCCGCAGUAUUCGACAACUGGUCAACGUUGUAUCCCAAAAGAAGGCACUCGAGAGGAAAAUGUCACCCACCGAGUUGGCCACUGCAUUAGAGUCGCUGACACUUGAUGGCUGUCAGAUUGAAAAUCUUGGGCUAGACUUUACCCUUCCAGGUCAUCCUUCAAUUGAUCUCAAAAAAGGAGGGAGAGACAUUGCAGUCACAAUCCACAAUUUGGAAGAGUAUAUCAAGCUUGUCUAUCACUGGAUGCUUAUCGGAGGUAUUCAGCGUCAAAUGGAGUCAUGGAGGGAAGGAUUUGACUCUGUAUUUCCGUCAUCCUCUCUGAAAAUGUUUUACCCCGAAGAGCUCGAAAUGGUUUUCUGUGGUGCUAACCAGUCUGCGAACGAGAACUGGGAAAUGAAAACAUUGAUGGAAUGUUGCCGAGCUGACCACGGUUAUACUCUGGAUUCGAAGGCUAUCCAAAUUUUGUUUCAAAUCAUGUCGCAGUACAAUUCACAGGAACGUCGAAAAUUUUUACAAUUCGUAACAGGGUCUCCUCGACUUCCUGUUGGAGGUUUCCGCGCUUUACAACCUCCCCUUACCGUCGUACGGAAAACAAUUGAGGGCACUACCGCCGAAUGUGACGAGUAUCUGCCCUCCGUGAUGACUUGUGUUAACUACUUGAAGCUCCCGGAUUACUCUACCGUAGAAAUAAUGCGAAAACGUCUCCGCGUAGCCGUAGAUGAAGGACAACUCUCCUUCCAUCUCUCCUAAUAAUAUUUCGUUCUCUUAUAUAAAAUGAAAAAAUGCUAAAAGUCGUCAAAUAACCGUUAAAAUUAAACAAGUAAAAUAUUACCCUUCGAUAAUAACCAACCAAAACUACUCAAUCCUCUACUCCUCCUCAUCUGAUAUACGUGUGUAUGUAUGCAAUAGUUAAUUGUAUAGAUAGGUAGACAUAGUUAUUACAUACAAGAUAAAAAAAAACUCAAUAAAAGUUCACGUUUCCCAUGAAUUCCA